AUGGUGGUGGCGGCGGAGAGUGGUCUUCCCGCGGCCGCCGUGCAGGCGAUGGCGACGGAUGAGCAGCACGACGAGCCCGUGGGAGCCCAAGAUCCGGCUCUGCGCGCGGCGCCGGUGGAAGCUGCGGGUAAGAGGAGGAAGGCGGCUCGGCCGGAGGCCCGUACCGAGUUCUUCCGCGGCGUGUCCCGUAGGCCCAGCGGCAGGUACGGGGCGCUGAUGAAAGACCCCAAGGACAAGGUUCAGGUGUGGCUCGGCACUUUCGACACCGCCGAGGAGGCCGCCAGAGCGUACGACGCCGCGGCCGUCAAGCUGCUCGGCGCGGCGGCUGUUACCAACUUCGAGCAACCACCCGUGACCGCCGCUGAUGAUGACGGCGUCGCGCGGCACCUCCCCUGCGAGUGCGAGUGCGAGGGCAAGGGCGCCACGGCUGAGCCGUACGGGGCGCAGAUCGGGCACUCCAAGACCAUGCGGUGGCUCGGCACGUUUGACACCGCGGAGGACGCCGCCAGAGCGUACGACGCCGCGGCCGUCGAGCUGCACGGCGCGAGGGCUGUCACCAACUUCAAGCCAGGCGGCAGCGUCUCCGAGUCGUCCGGCCAUGCGGCGGGGACUAGGGUGAACGCGCCGACCGAGCUCCAAGGCGCGCACGGGCAACUGGGCGGCGAGUGCAGCGCGCACACAUGGGACUCGAAGGAAUUUGGCCCCGUCGACGACUUCCCGGAGCUGCCGCCGCUCGAUUUCCCGUACAGCCUGAUCCCAGGCCCGCUGCUCGGCGAUCUCCGGACCAACUUGCCGCCGGCGGAGCGGCAGCUGGUGGACGAGUUCGUCAAGGACAUGGACUUCACGGACAUGGUGAAUUAA